AAAAUAGAAAAUAACCCUUGACCCUCCUAAUUAUUUAUUAUUCCACCAAACAACUACUACUUCUACUACCUAUACACCUUUCCUUUACUACCAAAGAGGCAAACGCACAAACCCACAAAACACAACACGUUCUUCUACCGACACUCUCAGAACUCUCCUCACAGAGAAAGAAACUAGAGAGAGAAAACGAAACAAAACACAUUCUAGUGAGAGAAAGCUCAACUCUUUUGGCCAUGGAUUUUCAGAUCUAUGGCGUUAGCAAUCUCUUCAUUUUCACUGUUAUACUCCUUUUCUCCAUUGCAGCUGCUACAUUGCAAGAAAACCAAAAUGCAACAUUUGUAAAACCCACAACUUCAGCACCCCAAAUCAACUCAAACUCCAUUCUUGUAGCUCUUUUGGAUUCUCACUACACUGAGCUAUCUGAGCUAGUUGAAAAAGCCCUUUUGCUUCAAACACUUGAAGAAGCUGUUUCUAAGCAUAACAUUACCAUUUUUGCCCCUAAAAAUGAGGCUCUUGAACGUGAUUUGGACCCUGAGUUCAAGCGUUUCUUGCUUGAACCUGGGAAUCUUAGGUCGUUGCAAAAUCUGUUGCUGUUUCAUAUGAUUCCCGCUCGCAUUGUUUCCAACCAAUGGCCGGCGCGUGUGCACGCGACCUUGUAUCCUGGAGAUGAGAAUGUAAAUGUUGUGCAGAAGAACGGUGAGAAAAUGGUGAGCAGCGCAAUGAUUAUUAAGCAAGACGAUAUUAUCAAACCCGACGGUGUAAUUCACGGGAUUGAGCGUGUGUUGAUACCUAAAUCAGUUCAACAAGAUUUCAACACCCGUAGAAGUCUCCGGUCAAUCUCCGCCGUGCUGCCCGAAGGAGCACCGGAAGUUGACCCGAGGACUCACCGGUUGAAGAAACCUGCACCCGUCCCAGCUGGCGCACCACCAGUGCUGCCAGUAUACGAUGCACUAGCGCCCGGGCCAUCUCUGGCCCCGGCACCGGCUCCCGGCNGGCCAUCUCUGGCCCCGGCACCAGCUCCCGGUCCAGGUGGACCCCACCAUCACUUUGAUGGUGAAAGUCAAGUAAAAGAUUUUAUUCAAACACUCCUACAUUAUGGAGGUUACAAUGAAUUAGCAGACAUUCUUGUGAAUCUAACAUCAUUGGCUACAGAAAUGGGUAAAUUAGUAUCAGAAGGGUAUGUUUUAACUGUUUUGGCGCCCAAUGAUGAAGCGAUGGCUAAGCUGACGACUGAUCAGCUUAGCGAACCAGGGGCACCAGAACAGAUAAUGUAUUACCAUAUAAUACCGGAGUAUCAAACGGAGGAAAGUAUGUAUAAUGCAGUGAGGAGAUUUGGGAAAGUGAAGUAUGAUACAUUGAGGUUACCACAUAAAGUUGUGGCUGAGGAAGCUGAUGGUUCAGUGAAAUUUGGGGCAGGUGAAGAAGGGGCAUAUUUGUUUGAUCCUGAUAUUUAUACUGAUGGAAGGAUCUCUGUGCAAGGAGUUGAUGGUGUUCUGUUCCCUAUUGAGGAAAUUAAGGUGGCUCCUGUAGCUGCCCCUGUUGCUAAGGUUGUUGCAAAGCCAAGAAGAGGAAAGUUGAUGGAAGUAGUAUGUGGUACACUGGGGUCAUUUGCUUUUGCUAGUUGUCAUUAAAAUUUGUAUACUGAGGAUCUUCUGAAGAUAAAGAAUUGAAAGAAAGAAUGUUUUUAGGAGGGCUUUGUUGAUGGUGAUGAUAAACAUAAAGGGAAGGAGAAGUGCUUGCAUUGGAAUAGAAUUUGGACCUAAUCUCUACCCCUCCUUCCUAAAAGAAAGAAAAGGGAGAAUAUCAUCUUUUGUCUUAUUUUUGUUAUAAAUACUGUAAUUACGUAUCAAUUUUUUCAUUUGUAUUUAAGUUUGUUCUGCCGACAGUGUUUGUAUCCACAAAUGUAUCCCCAAAAAGGAAAAAAAUAAAUAAUAUUUUUGCAAGAGCAUCAUCUUUUUUGUA